CAAUCUUCCCUAUUAUCUCUGAUCGAACAGUUCCCAUAAGCCUGAGCAAACUCCCCUAUUAUCUCUGUUAAUUAUCUCCCACCCCCCUGCAAACGGCUCCGAACUUCUUUUAUGGGCGUCAGUAUUCUUUGUUCCAAUUCCAUUUAGCUUAUUCCUUGUUGCUAAUAUCUGUUGGUUAUCGCUUUGUUUUUUGAUUGUGCGUCGGCCUCAAUUGCGGUUGGUGAAAUAAAAAUGUUUUGUAAAUAAAAGUAUACCGAAAAAAAAAAAAUUAACAUUUCCUCACAUGGCCCACUCGAUAGAAUAAUAGAGAGAAAGAAACGAGAAAAUGACAAUUGCAGUUAUAAUUCAACGUCAUCGAAGUCAUCUAGUGCAUCAGUUUUACUGAUUGAAUUAAUGAAAAAAUGAUAAUAAAUCAUCAGUAUCGUCAUAAACGUCUAGCGGCCGUCAAUUUCAGGAAGCUCCAUGUGCAGCAGUUAUAAUAGCAAUGGACUUGUGACAGUGGCGUGAAAAUGGCGACUUGGUAGAGAAUGGCAGGACGACGAUCAGGCUUGGUGAAUGCCGAUUCCCUCGUUGGCUCUAUUGGAGAAGAUCCAUUGAGGGAAUUAUUUGAGGCAUGUAAAAAUGGUGAUUUAAUGAAAGUUAAGAAAUUAGUUAAUCCGAAGACUGUUAAUGCGAGGGAUACGGCUGGACGCAAGUCAACUCCUCUUCACUUCGCAGCUGGGUAUGGAAGGAGGGAGUUGGUGGAGUUUCUACUGUCAGCAGGUGCCUCGAUUCAAGCUAGAGAUGAUGGAGGUCUUCAUCCUCUUCAUAAUGCUUGUUCUUUUGGGCAUUCCGAUGUUGUUAGAUUACUCUUAGAAGCUGGAGCUAAUCCUAAUACUAGGGAUAAUUGGAAUUAUACUCCACUGCACGAAGCAGCUAUCAAGUUUUUUUCUUGAAUUUCGCUGAAGUACAUCGCAAUGUUUGUUCAUGGAAGAAUUCGGAUUUCAUAUGUGGACAUCCGGAUAAAAAG